AUGAAGGUUAAUGCUCAUAAUUUAUUGUUUAAUUCGUCAAAAUGGAUAGGAAAGGGGACUCUCAAUUGCUCUUCAAGGCAUAUUCAUGAGGUGCCAUUGAUAAAGCCGAGCCUUAAGUUUUAUAAACAGCUACUUAAACAACCUCAACCAAGUUUAAAUGUGGAUACCGAUGCAAAUGUUUCAUUUUUACCUGCUGAAGAAGGCCCUGCUUCGUUGCGUACAUAUUCAAUUGGAAACGUUAGCCACGUGUAUAACGGCAUCCGAGUUCCUCCCAAACCAGAGGAACCAUUAAAUUGCUGUCAGAGUGGCUGUUCCAUUUGCGUCUGGGAUGUGUUUGCUGAUGACUUGGAGGAAUACAACCAAGCUCGGCGGAAGGCGAAACGAAGUUUUUUAGAAAAACAUUUGACUCUCCCCAAGGAACUGGAAAGUGUCUCAUUAGAGGAAAAAAGCUCGCUACAAGAAUUACCUCCUCAGUUACAGGCAUUUGUACUUUUAGAAAAACGUCUGCAACAACAGGGCAAUAAUUAA